CAACAUGGCCGACUAUUGAUGACAAAUUUUUAUUGAGGUUUACAAAAUUUUGCUGAUUGAGUCAGAUACUAUAUUUAAGAAUUCUGACUUAACUGGCUCAAGUCUUAUCACAGCCUCGAAGUUAGAGCGUGUUUACUGGCGUUUUAUUUUGCUGUCCAUUGUGACAGUAUAAACUAUACCACAGAUUGGUUUUAAUACUGUUUUUAAAAUGUCGAUGUAUGGCUACUCUGGAUCCAACUAUGAUCGCUUUGUUGAGAACGCCAACACCUCAACACUACACAAAAUGAAGGAGACAUAUUGGACAACGAAGCAGGCAGUGAUAAAGAAAUUAGGGAAAAAGGAAGAUGAACAUGUUGUGGCCUCAGACUCUCAGUUGGAUGCUAAACUGGAGGUGUUCAAGGCCAUCCAAAGAUCGAGUAUGGAACUGCUGCAUGUGAUAGAGAAAUACCAGGACAGAUUAUGUGUUGUGUCUCAGGAAGAAAACACAAUGGGCAGACUGCUGAAAGCCCACAGUAACAAGGACAAGACCAGGGCAGGCAAGAUGAUGGCAGCAGUGGGCAAGGCUGAGAGCAAUUCAGCUCAGGAGAGACUGGCACUCCACAACCCCCUGCGCAGGCUGUACCAGGAGGUGGAGACAUUCCGCUACAGGGCUGUCUCUGACACUCUGGUUACAAUCAACCGGAUGGAGAGUGCCAGAACAGAGUACAGAGGCGCUCUGCUCUGGAUGAAAAAUGUUUCUGAAGAGCUUGAUCCAGAUAUGUUUAAGCAGUUGGAGAAAUUCAGGAAGGUCCAGGGCCAGGUGCGUAAGACCAAGAGCAGGUUUGACAAGCUGAAGCUGGACGUGAUGCAGAAGGUGGACCUGCUGGCCGCCAGCCGGUGCAACAUGUUCUCCCACGUGCUGGCCAAUUACCAGACCAUGCUGCUACACUACUGGGAGAAGACCUCCAGGACCAUGUCCGCGGUGGCCGAGAGCUUCAAGGGAUAUCAGUAUUAUGAGUUUAAUAUGUUGAGGGAAUUAACAGAGACAAGUAAGAAACUGGCGUUAGAGUCUUCAAACAAAGAUCCAUCAGAAAAAGAUGAACUUGAUGACACAUCUAGCACUGAAGAACAUGAAAGGGGAGAAAGAUCAGACAGAUCCAGUAAUGACAAGUCCAAAAAGGACUCCAAAUCCUGGUCCAGUAUGAAAUUAAAAACAGAUUCCCCCUGGUUGAAGAAAGAUGCGUCAGAUUAUUGGAAGAAAGCCUCCGGCUUGUCAGCGCCACCCAACACGCGCCAGACUGAAACAAACAGCCAGCCAGAUGUUGAUGAUUUACUCGGUCUUGGGGAGGAUGAUAGUUUAAACAGUGCCACGGAGAAACUGCUAGCAGAUAGGGGUUUGAAGUCUGAUUUGAACUUUGAGCGGGCUUCCAUCUCUACUGUGUAUAGCUAUGAUCAGGACGAGCAGGCCGUUUUGACCAAGUACGCUGGGGAAGAAUCUGAAGAGGAAAGCCUGAUUUCCAUGGAUGAGACGGAGGAAGGGAGGGAUGCCAGAGACUCAGCAGCCUUUGAUGAGGCCCUGCUGGCCAACUUGAGGCUCAACCAACAGAAAGUCACCAAAGCUAAAAGUAGUGAAGAUAAAGACUCCGAGUUUGGGCCUUUCAUGGAUUUUACAGAGGACGACGCCAUGUCAAAAGACGAUGAUUUUGAUUUCACUGGUAAAAUUUUGGAAGCCGCAGCCAAGAACAAGGAGAUACAGAAAGGUGACGGCAAAGAAAGAGAUUUACUGACAGACCAACUGCAGCAGGUAGAUGACGACGCUGACAAGGAUGACAUGACACUCCUCAAUGAGAUCCUCAAUGCCCCCUCCACCGGGGAGGACGAGUUUGCUCAGGAGUGGAACUCUGUGUUUGGUGCCCACAGCGGCAUGACGCCAGACGUGGUCCCACAGGAGCCCGAGGUGGCCAGACAGAGGUCUGAGUUCCUCCCCUCCAGCUUGCUGGACACACAGAUGUCCAGUCUGAGUUCUGGCAUGGCAGGUGACCUCCUCCCCACUGGCAGUACAUCCCCUGCCUCUGCUUUACCAGCUCAGGGACUUCCUGCUGCUGGGACAGGAGCUCAGAGUAAAAAGGGACAGAAAUCAAAACCUCAACCUCUAUCUAGGGGCGGACAGCAGACCGACAUGUCUGCCUGGUUCAACUUGUUUGCAGACCUGGACCCACUCUCAAACCCUGACGCCAUAGGCAGAAAGCAGGACGAUAUGACGGAUGCAUAAGGAGAUCUGACAAGUCUAGCCAAAACAGCAAUGUAUUCUCAUCUCAUGCUCUUUAGGUUUACAUUUGCCAAUGUUUAUUUAUGCCUUUGUCCAUUUUCUUGAUUGAAAAUGUACAAAUGACUGCAGGAUUAGUAUUACCUACAUCUCAAAAAUUGUUAAUGCUUUAAUUAAGCUAGGUAUUUAAUUACAAAAUGUUAACUGGAUAAUUUAAGGUGAUUUUUUAUUUUAUUAGAACUGGAUGAUACAAUCAUUCAUGAGUAACUGUCUUGUCACAUCUUUCAUGGUUUUCCUGUGCAUGGAAGGCUCAAUGUUUGUAGUUGUACACUUUUCACACAAGUGAGCUCCCUAUAAUUACAUAUCCUUAAAUUCUAAACAUGAACAGUACAGAUAUGUAAGAAAUCUUUGUAGUUCUCAGAUGUUCAUAUAUUGCUUUGGAAAAAAAAAAACAAGUGAGAUGACAUAGUUUUGCAUUUCAAUAACAACUCUAGAACAUUUUUUUAUUGGAAGAACAUAUUCCAAAAUACAAAGCUGUAUAGGGGUAUUUUUUAGUUGACUAUAUCAUGAAGAUUUAUCUUACAGUGAAGUAUGUAGUUACACUUUCAAAUCUAGUUUUAAUAAUGCAGAUGAAAUAGCGUUAACGUGUUUCAUUGACCUUUGCAU